UCAAUCGAAUAAGAUUUUGGAACAUGACCCACGAAUCUUUUCGUUGAUGACUUUCAGCGUGAUUGAUACCGCUAACGAUUUUUCCCUCUGGCUGCGUCUCGAUAUUCACUACAGUGCUGAAUAUCUAUAAUAUACGUGACAUAAACUAUAAAUUUCCAGCGUUCGCGGUGAAUCUUGGAACGCAGCCUCUGAGCACUGGGUCAGUGAGCUUGAAUUUGUACUUUCUACACUUCGUCACCCCGCUUUCAUUCCCUCCUUUCCGAACAUUUGAAUAUAUGUAUUCGUUUCGUUCUAAAUCUCGCUUCCCCUUUCUUCGUUCUCUCGCUCUCUCCCUCCUCCUUUCUCUCUGUCGUGCGAACGUAACGCGUGUAUCGCUUUAUUCGCGCUUUAAACGCGGAAAGUGCAGAUAAGCGGCGUGAAUCGUCAUCGUGAGGACGAGCUUGGAACACGCGUGGAGGAUUCAUUACAAAACAAGGCCCGCGCGUGCAGCACGUAAAGAUGGAAGCGAAUGCGACGGCUAAUCCGCGUCCGAAAAAAAUGCACAAUAAUUACGAGGAUGAGGAAGAGCGGAAGCACUUCCAGAGGAUCGUCGCCGCGUUCAAGUACUACAAACCACACUCGUUGUCAAGGGUAAAGAAAUCGGAAUCCUAUCUUCUCACUCUGCCAACGCACCAUCAGAAACUUUUGUCAAAGUACAGGGACCAUCUGCAGGAGGUAAAGCGUUGCAUCGAGAACAAUGAUCACAUUAUAAAACUCAUUAUAAAGGAUGUAGCUCAUAUAUUCGAGAAUGUUCAUCCAGCUGCUGCACAGGCUGAUAGUACAUUAAAUCCACGCCCUGUGAUGGUGGACCAAGAGAAGGUCCAAGCUACCAUUAAGCAAUUGGUACGCGAUUGGAGCGUAGAGGGUACAGAAGAACGAACAGCAUGUUAUCAACCUAUUAUAGAGGAAAUAUUGAAUCAGUUUCCAUUAGACCAAUGUACGCCGUCGAACGUAUAUAUCUUAGUACCUGGUGCAGGAUUGGGCCGACUUGCCUUUGAGAUUGCAAGGCGCGGAUACACUUGUCAGGGGAACGAAUUUUCAUUGUUCAUGUUGUUCGCAUCGAACUUUGUACUGAACAAAUGUCGGGAAGUGAACUUGUAUCAAGUGCAUCCUUGGGUACACCAAUAUAUGAAUAACUUGAAACCGGAACAUCAGACGCAAGCAGUCUCCUUCCCCGAUGUGAGCCCGAGCGAUCUUCCAGGAACCGCACAAUUCUCCAUGACUGCGGGGGACUUUUUAGAGGUUUAUACAGAGGACAAUCACUGGGACUGCGUAGCAACAUGCUUCUUCAUAGACUGUGCCAACAAUGUUGUACAAUUCAUUGAGACGAUUUAUAAGAUUUUGAAGCCAGGUGGAGUGUGGAUAAAUCUCGGACCGUUGCUGUAUCACUUCAGUGAUUUGCCAAACGAGGAAUCGAUCGAGCCGAGUUACGACGCCAUUCGCGAAGUUAUCCUGGGCUUCGGCUUCCGGUUGGAGAAGGAAGAGACGCAAGUGAAAACGCGUUACGCCCAGAACAUCAAUAGUAUGCUGCAAUGCGAGUACAACAGCGUGUACUUCGUCUGUCGAAAGCUCCACCAACAUAUAGACAACGUAAAUCAUAAUCAUAGGAAUUGCUUGGACAGCAACGGCGCACAAGAACAAGAGAAUUAAGAAUGGAACGCCGUAUAUAUAUAUAAUAUAUAUAUAUACAUACAUACAUACAUAUAUAUAUUUUACUCACGCGAGGAAAACAUGUUGAAUGCUAAAAAGUUGUUACAUAUAUUUAAGUACAAUCAACUUUCUCUAUCUAUUAUUUAGUAAGUAUACCAUCGUGUAAAGUUGGCGAGUCUGCAUAAUACGUAAGACAUUUUUACAUGUUCACCUUUAUGAUCAAUUUAUUUGAGCCUAAGAUUUAUUUCGUAUGUGCCAGUAAGACAGUACCGCUACAGUGAGUUCAAGCAUGGGGUUUAGUAUUGUUGAAAAAAAAAAAGAAAAGAACAAUGGACGAGCUGGUUUCUUUCCCCGGAAUCGACUGAGAUAUCGCGUAUAGUAGAUAAAUUAUUUUCUGAGAUUAUAAAUCGCGUUAACUUUCUCACAUAUUGCGUGAGAUCAGACAAUAUUCAGGUGUGUAUGUUCUCCUUUCGUUAUAUCGCGAAUCGAGCGUCCGGCGAACUUGACCGAACGUCUCGAGACAAGUCAGCGAAUACAUUAUACGGACAGGCGGCUUUAUAUACAUAUAUCCGUAAUAUGUAGUCGUUAUAUUACAGUUAGGAAACGAAACAGAUACGCAUCCACUU